UAAUUUUGCUUCCGAUGUUUCCCGCGCUAUCAUCGCUUCCAAAUACUAAACUGAACUGUCAGCCUGCAUAUUAAACAAGGAAACGCCACGAUAAUAUUUUACGCAGUUGUGCACUGCUAUCAGAGCUCUAACUAGCCUAUAUCGCAAUGCCGUCCUCAGACUAUGAUUCAGCUUGUCUGCCUGACUUAUUACCGCUCUACUAUCGACGAAUGUUCCCCUUCUCACAGUAUUACCGCUGGCUGAAUUACGGCGGAGUGCAGAAGAACUACUUUCAGAACCGAGAGUUCUCCUUCACACUCAAAGAUGACAUCUAUGUGCGCUACCAGUCAUUCAGCACACAGAAUGAGCUGGAGAAGGAGAUGCAAAAGAUGAACCCUUACAAGAUUGACAUCGGGGCAGUAUAUAGUCACAGGCCUAAUCAGCACAACACUGUGAAGUCUGGCACCUUCCAGGCUCUGGAGAAGGAGCUUGUGUUUGACAUUGACAUGACUGACUAUGAUGAUGUUCGAAGCUGCUGCAGUGCUGCAGAAAUCUGCUCCAAAUGCUGGAUGCUAAUGACCAUCGCUAUUAAAAUCCUGGACAGAGCUCUUCGAGAGGACUUUGGGUUUCAGCACCUGUUGUGGGUUUACUCUGGCAGAAGAGGAGUGCAUUGCUGGGUGUGUGAUGAAGCUGCCAGGAAGCUCUCUGCAGCAGCACGCUCGGCUGUUGCAGAAUAUCUCAGCCUGAUCAAGGGUGGUGAAGAGACGGUGAAGAAAGUAGUGCUGACUGAUCCAAUUCAUCCUUUUAUCAGUGCGUCUUUGGCAGUGGUGGAGCGUUACUUUGUACAAUACGCACUACAGGAACAGGACAUACUGGGCCGCAAGGAGUCUGUGGAGAAAGUGCUGGCUCUCGUGCCUGAUGAUGUUAGAAAAGAAUUACAGCUCAGUUUCCAAAGUGAAAAGAUUCCAGAAAAACGCUGGGAACAGGUCACAGAUCAAGCCACAAGGAAGCAGGCCACUUCCAGAAAGAGCCAGUACUUUGAAAAAGAAAUCAUGCUGCAGUAUUGUUACCCUCGGCUCGAUGUGAACGUCAGUAAAGGUGUGAACCAUUUGCUGAAAAGCCCUUUCAGCGUCCAUCCCAAAACAGGACGCAUCUCCGUUCCCAUUAACCUCAAAGAACUGGACACCUUUGAUCCUUUCGCCGUGCCCACAAUCAGUCUGAUCUGUGAGGAGUUGGAUCGGCCCAGGCCAGGUGAAGAAGAAGAAAAGUCAGAGAACACCAAGGAGAAGGAAAAUGAGACGGAUGCAGCAGAGAAGAGAAAGAUCAGAGAUUACAAAAGAACCAGCCUGGCCAAGUAUGUGAGGUACUUUGACCAGUUUCUUGAUGGGAUGGCUCAUUCAAGGAAAGGAGAGCUGAUCAGACAGAGUGAUCUUCAGAAAGAAUUUUGAACAGGAUCAGCUAUCAGAGCGCAGCACCUCUGAGAACUCAGCGUUCACACUUAAUACAGCUGAUGAUGUAAAUCUACUACUUUUCCGAUUGAAUAAUCUGAAUGGGUCUGUUUUUUGUUUUUAUACUUUUAGAAUUCAAUAAAUAAAACUGUAAAAUGUAAACUUUAUAUUGUUUGUUUUUCACAUUUAAAUACUGUACAGGCAUUUCUUGAAAAUUAGGUUAUUUCUGCUCUUGUGAAACUCUGGAUCUUAACUCACAGUUUUAUGUGUUAACAGUAGAAUUAUAAUUAUUUCUAAUCAUGUUUAAGUAACUAUGUAAAACUUUUGAAAAGCUAUGAAGGUAACAAAUUAUUCAUGGUAGCAGCUACCCUAUUUGAGGCAUUCUGAAAUAUUUCUUUCAGUUAAAUUACUUCUCUUUGGCUCAUGUUGAUU